GCCAAUCCGCGCCAUGACAGCCCGGCACGUGACGUAGAGUAAGUUCCUGCUGUGGCUUGAGGGAAACAGAUCGACAUUCAGCCACGGGAGAAUCGCGUUUUGCGGCCUGUGGAAGCCCACUCCCUGAGCAAUGGCCUCACCAGUCUCGGUCUUCAACUCCAACGCCUUGGACACACACAUCUCCAGUACCUCAAGAGAGUCUCUGAAGAUGGAGUUGUUAGCUGAUGUGACUCUGCUGCCAGGAGAAGAAAGAAUUAUCGAUAAAGACAUCAUCUACAUUUGCCCAUUCAGUGGAGCAGUGAAAGGCAAAGUGUUGAUAACCAACUACAGACUCUACUUUAAGAGCUCAGACGCUGAUGUGGCAGUAAUGCUGGACGUUCCUCUGGGUGCAAUUGCUCGGGUGGAGAAGAUGGGCGGGGCGUCAAGCAGAGGGGAAAACUCCUAUGGCCUGGAUAUCACCUGCAAGGACAUGAGGAACUUGAGGUUUGCCUUGAAGCAGGAGGGUCACAGCAGAAGAGAUAUCUUUGAUCUCCUCUUCAGACAUGCCUUCCCCGUCUCACAUGGUCAGCCACUGUUUGCAUAUGUGACCCAGGAGAAGUACGAGGAGAAUGGUUGGAGCGUCUACAAACCCAUCGAGGAGUUUAGACGGCAGGGCCUACCUAAUAACAAGUGGCGUAUUACAUUCAUCAAUAAGAACUAUGACCUGUGUGACACCUACCCCACUGUGCUGGCUGUACCCUUUAAAAGUAAAGAGGAGGACCUCAGAAGAGUGGCUGCUUUCAGGUCCAGAGGACGCAUACCGGUUCUGUCAUGGAUCCACCGGGAGAACCAGGCAGUGAUUGUCCGCUGCAGUCAGCCUCUGGUUGGUAUGUCUGGUAAGAGAAACAAGGACGACGAGCGCUACCUGGACCUGAUCAGGGAGGCAAAUGACACCAUCAAGCUCACCAUCUAUGAUGCCCGGCCCAGCGUCAAUGCUGUCGCCAACAAGGCCACAGGAGGAGGCUAUGAGGGUGACGAGUAUCAGAGCGCAGAGCUCGUCUUCCUGGACAUUCAGAAUAUCCAUGUCAUGAGGGAAUCUCUGAAGAAGCUCAAAGAUAUCGUCUACCCUAAUGUGGAGGAAUCGCAUUGGUUGUCCAGUCUAGAGUCUACACACUGGCUCGAACAUGUUAAGCUGGUGUUAUCCGGAGCCAUCCAAGUGGCAGACAAGGUUUCCAGUGGGAAUUCUGUGUUGGUUCACUGCAGUGACGGCUGGGACAGAACUGCUCAGCUCACCUCUCUGGCCAUGCUGAUGCUGGACAGUCACUACCGCACUCUCAGAGGGUUCCAGGUGCUAAUUGAGAAGGAAUGGAUCAGCUUUGGCCACAAGUUUGCCUCGAGGAUAGGUCAAGGUGACAAGAACCAUGCAGAUCAGGACAGAUCACCAAUCUUUGUUCAGUUCAUUGACUGUGUAUGGCAGAUGACUAAACAGUUUCCAACAGCUUUUGAGUUCAAUGAGCGCCUCCUGCUGACAAUCAUGGAUCACCUCUACAGCUGUCGCUUCGGGACUUUCCUCUACAACUGUGAGAGUGCGCGAGACCAGCACGAGGUGAGAUCGAAAACAGUGUCCCUGUGGUCUCUGGUCAAUAGUAAGAUGGAGAUUUAUUUAAAUCCCUUCUACACUCCGGAGUCUGGCAGGGUCCUCUACCCUGUCGCCAGCAUGCGCCACCUAGAGCUGUGGGUAACGUACUACAUCCGCUGGAACCCACGCAUUCGACAACAGCAGCAGAGUCCGGUAGAGCAGCGCUACAAGGAGCUGUUGGCCCUGAGAGACGAGUACUUGAAGAAGCUGGAGGAGCUCCAGCGGUCUGACUCCUCCCCUUCCUCCCACAUGGCUAACAGCCCCUCCCCCAACACCUCCUCCUCCACCUCCUCCACGCCCUCGCAGCAAUACACACACCUACAAACUCCCCUCUGAGGGCUGGUGACACAUUCGCACACUCAGAUAAUAUACCUGUUGACUUGCACUUAUGUCGUCUUCACUCUGUUUUCUGUCAGUCUCUCACACGCAGGGAAUUAAUUAGUGUUGUCCAGUCCUAACUGUGGAUAACAGAGAAUGCUAAUACGAUUUAAUUUUGAUGGUUAAUUCUAACAACGUAGUGGUGAUGAUGGUGAUUUAUGCAAUAUGCCACAGUACAGCCUUGUCACAAGACUUUUUUUACACAGACACUCAUCAUUCAGUGAAGCCUUAGACAUUCAGUGGCUUUCAGUCCAAGGGCUUGAACACACAGGACAAGCAGUGGAUGUGUAUAUGUGUACAGGCAGCAGAGCACAGACAGAAUUAUUUGUCUCCUCUGUUUGUUUUACUCUGAUUUAUCAGAAAACCCACAAGGAUAGCCUGCUGUUUGUGGUUAUUAAUUAAUCAGAUAACUACAGAACCACACACAUCGCAGAACAGAAUCAAUGAUAAACUCAUCACCAAUGACUAAACUGUUGUUUGAGUGCAAAUACGACAAAAUAAUCUCAACUCUAUGUCUGUUUACCCCCAAUAUGCUCCACAUGAAGCUGUUGCAUCAGCCUGAAGUUGGUUAUUUUGUCAAAUGUAGUGUUGUUGUCCAGUUAAGGGACACCAGUUGAUCUCGUGCUUCCAGUACAAAGACACGUCAGGGACAUAGCUGAGCCUAUACUAGCUGUAGUCUCAGUUAAACUAAGAUGCACAGGGUACUGUUAGCCUAGCCCAACUCAACUGCACUCAUCACACAUGCUUGCCAAGCAGCACAUAUAGAUGACAUCAGUUCUAGUGUCUCUAUACAAUAUCAUUUUUUUUCAAUAACGCGUAAUCAAAACACAGGUAGAAGAAUACUUGUUGGACUCAUUGAAACAAACACUCUACUAACACACAGCACUGAAAUGGAAUGUCAUGUUACUUGUCCCUUCUGGCAAUUCAUCACGUCAAAUUUGAAACACCUUGAGCAGAUUUACCCACGUUUCAGAACCUGCACACACACGCUGAUUUGGGUGUGAAAUUAAAUUAGAUCCGUCUUUGACAGCCCAGGCUCAGCCUGUGUCCUUCUACACGACUGUGCUGUCCUGUGUGUACUCAAGGUGUUCUACAAUUCUCAUUUUUCACACUUCUUCCUACUUGCUGCAGUGCUACUGAGUGUUGCUCUGUCCUGUUUGUUUUUUUUGAAGAAAUUGAUUUAGAACUGCUGCAGAGCUAACGCAGCAGGGUUAGAGGCUGGGAGCUUCUACAGUGGAUUUCACUGUACAUCCCUAGCCAAGUGUAUAUAUCAGGUGUGUCAAAUUUGGAUGGAUUGAUGUGGGAUUUGUUGCUCGUUUAGCUGAGGAUGAAAGCUAGAGCUGUCCCUGUCACGUAUUUCUUUUGGCCACUGCUAUCGGCUGUGCUCACCUAAGCAGUAUUUUCCAGCACUGAGAGCAAAUGCAGUUCUAGCCAAGAAGCAGAGUCUGGUCAGAAUGAAUCAGUAAUUUAGUUUCAUGAACGCAGCUUUGUUCCAGUUUGUAAUAUUUCAGGUGCUCAAGAUAGUGUAGGGAAAUGAAGUGGUGCUGGCCUCUGAUCCUGAAUCACGUCUUUGACUUUUAUGCUCUUCACUAAUGACAAGACCCCAGAUGGAGAUAUCACCCCAGGUCCAUGAUAGCCAUACCAUGCCAAGAUGUUUGUUACCAGCACACGGAUUUAAGGACAGCGAGCAGAAAUAAAACCACUUCAUUCUCAGUCCCACUUCGACACACUGUCACAGUUCGAUGUCAGGACUCUGCUAGGCGACACUUAGAUCUGUCUUAAAUCUGUUUCUAGAUAGUCCAUCCACCAUCACUGGAAAGUGCCAUGUGCCUUUUGUACAGGUGUUGGCUUUAUGUGUGCAACUGUUUUUUCCCCGUGCUUACAUUUGCCAGUUAUCUAAUUGGAUUAGAUAAUCAGGUGGACUUGUUUACUGCAGCUUGUUUGGUUUUUCCUAUGGCUCAUAUUUCCCCACUGUUGGACACGAGAUUAAAGAUUUGUGUCCCCCAGAUGUAAACACUGAAAUUGGUGCAAAGAUAAGGAAGAGGAUUAGGGUCACUGUAAAAAGAAAAAUCUUUAAAAAAAAAAACAAAAAAACAUUUGUUUCCAAUGGCCCUAAUCCUCUUUUUUUUCUACCAACAUGCUGUCACCGAGCACAGAUGAUAUAGAUGAUAUUAACAAAAAAGGCAAAGUUGUAUAACUAAGGGAAAUCAUCAAAAUUUUGGCUUUAAAAACUAUACAUUUACACUUUAAAGACUUAUUUAAAUUUUGAAAUAACAUAAGUGGCCAAGAUUGAUAAAAUGGCUACCUACGUCAUAAUUCUGACUUACCGUGAGUGUUUAACUAUUCAAAUAUAUCAUUAUCCUUUUUGUUUGAUAGACUUGCCCAAAGAAAACAUGAAAGCCAACCCGUCCAAAAGGCACAUGCUUCAUUUAUUAGUUGUCUCUUCGGUUUUCUGGUGCCGUCAUGGAGCUGAUGUCUACAGAGCAGGUUCGCAAAAAGUCAAACUCAGGACAUCGCAUGGACAACUGCGUGUGUGCUUGUGUGUGUGUGUGUUUGUGUGUGUGUGGAAAGAAGCGCUUUGAGGACGUUUUUUUGAGGAAUAGCCUGAUAUGAGGAUUUCGCUGCUAACUCAAAUGGCUCCCUUUUUUGGUUAGUUUGAAAACAGUCGACACAAACUCAAACAGACAAAUAACUGGCCAGCAUGCUGCUAAAAUAUCUCUCACAGAUGUAUGUACUGUAUCGUUCAGUCGAUCAAGAUCUUGACAGGACCGUUUUGUUACAAUCGCACUAAAGUUGAGGUUCUUUGCCGCCGCAUUUGCUCAGUCAGUAUAACUCUUAAAUUCCACUGUACGGUACAGCUCAGCUCAACUCAAUAGAGACUGUUUCUUUUGGCAUCACCUCGGUAAAGAUUCCAAGCAAACUGUUUUUAUAUUCCUCACUGUUUUGUCUUGCUGCCUUCAGCUUCUUCUGAAACAAAUAUGGUCUCCUUGCUGUAUCUGCAAAUAUGGUUUUUUUUUUAAGGUGAUAUUUAUAACCGUUCAUUACCUGUUUCUCCUGGCCAAUACUAAUGAGAUAGCCUAUAAUAUGAAUAGAUACAUAACUUUUGUAUUAUUAAAAGCCAUUUUCUAGCCUGUAUAUAGCCUCUAGCCUAAGAUGUAUUGAUCAAAGAUGGAUGAUUUAAUAAUUAUUUUCAAAACAUUGUAGUUAUAACUUAUAACCUUGUAGAACAUGUACUGAAAAUAGAAAUAGUUUUUUUCUCCUUAAUUUCCUUCCUGUUUUUCUUUUCUUCUUCUUCUGUGUUUGAUGGCAGAUCACAAACCAACUUUAAAGGUGCAUACCACCACCUAUUAGAGUGCGUAUGUGCUAUUAUUGGCUCUAUUAUCACCUAUAAUUUCACAGAUACUGAUAAAUAGCAGGUAAUAUAAUUUUCCUAAUAUCUGGCCUAUCGUUUGUCAGGGUGAUAUACUGUAUAUUGUCCAGCCUAUAUUGAAUGGGAAACAAAAUCGAGGAAAAGUACCUGGUACCAAAUGAAAUUUGAGUGGAGCUGUACCAUGCAGUGGAAACUGGGCUUAAUGAGUAAUGUCUGGUAGUUCUCAAUCUCUGGCGCUUUUUUUCACCUCCCAUGGCCAUUUAAUGAAUAAGUGGCUCUUGAUAGCUGGAGUAAAUUCCGCUUUGAGUGUGAUAUUAGCACCACAUCAGGCAGCACAUCAUAAUGUGUCAGAGAUAAACUGUCAAAUGCUGUGCAAGGCAGUGCCAGCUGUGUGGUCCAUCAGUGAAAAACAGCAUAAAACUUAAGGAUAAUUAUUUUUUUUAAAAAAAGCUCCGGGCCUGCUUUCACACUGCAACAGUGCUGUGCUCUGGCUCCAAGGGAAACUGCUCAGAUUCUUUUGCUCAAAUUAAUUCCGGAUAGAAACACUUGGAUCACCACUAUGGAUCAUGCCCUCCUGGCUCUAUAUUUGUAACAUUUUAUAAAAAAAACCUUCACGAAUGAAUAUUUUGUUAUUUUGCCUUUCUGACUGAGACGAGUAUUUCCAUUGCCAGUGGAUUGAGAGAAACCAAAAGUGUUCCUAGCAUUGGAUUUGUUCCACAAUUUACAGAAGCAUUUUUCAAUAUAGGAAAUGUGCGACUCUAGGCGAAUUAUGUAAAGUUGCACCCUGUGAGGAACUGCUAGUUCCUAUAGAUUUCGCCCCCAAUGUAUAGCUGUACCUACCUGACCUACCUUCCUUCACAAAAGAAUAUUGUGCUACAAUAAUCAUGCAUUCUUUCCCAUUGGAGAUGACGUUCAGAGAGCAGUUCCCUUACCUUAGUGAAGUCACAGAUACAGGAAAAUUGUUCUCAAGUUUAUUGUGCUGACCUAAUAUCACUGUUCUGCAACAUAUACCCCCAUAUACCUACAUGGUGAUGCAUCAGCAGUCUGUUUGAUCGGGUUAAGGUAUGUCCGCCAGCCCUUCUGCUGACCUGGGUUGAACUCAGAUUGGGCAGUGUCCUGAUUUUGUGAACUUUAAACUGCACAUCUUGGAAAGGCAAAAUCCCUCAUUUUAAACCUCCAGUAUCAGUGCAGGCAACAGAGAAUAAGCUUAUGAUUGGGUGUUUCGAGGCAAAACUCUUUAUAGGAUGUCCCAAGGGACACAGAAUAGGACUUUACAUCUGGAACCAUUGCUUUCCAAAGUAUCUCCUCUAAUUGUUGCUUCUGUACAGCAUCCACAAAUUCCUAAUUAAGCUGCCUUCCUGGUAGGAGAGAAAUUUGAGUCUGGAAGGCUCAGAAAAGCCAUCCCCAUCUCCAACAGAGUUUCCCCUCACGGUGUGGUCAACCCAUUGGGUUCUCUCCAAGUUGAUAGCAAAGUUUCAUUGAGGUCAUGCAUUGUAUGUAAAGUGUGACAGCUUCAAUUUGUGAACUGUGAGGUGCAAUAAGUCAUUUCGCAAAGUGUGUCAGGUCAUUGUCCGAAUUUGUGCCUUGAUUCUUGUGAGAAUCACCUUCACCUCUUUAGAGAGACUUACUCUAGCUGUCCAAGGUCAUGUUUGAGAUCGACUGCGCUGCGGUUCAAAUUCCAAAGGGAGAAAGGCUCGUGCCCUCCGAUUUGAGAGGAUGUCAGGCUGCUGUUCAUGGGUUUGUGCCAGUUUGAAGUGGGAGGAAAUGGGCGGGCAUUCCCGAAGCAGCUACAGAGCACAGAGGACAGGGCAGUUUACCAAGUUACCUUUCCCUGUAUCAAAGGAAGUCUGUUUAUCCCCUGCAAAUUGAGGUCUGGGAGAAAAAAAAUCAGAACUAAAAUCAAAACGUCCAAUGUGGUUGUAAACUUCCACCGUAAAGAGGUGAGAAAGAAACUAGGGUUAUAACGGAUCCCUGUAGCUCUCUCGUUUCACAACUGGCACUUUUCCUGUGAUCACCCGAGUGCAACUCCAUCAAUAUCUUCCUGUUGUCUCCAUACAUGUGAUACGUGUUAACAGGGUGUAUUGUUUCUAUGCUUCCCAUGCAUUGUAAGCAGCCAUGAAAUGCAUUUUGGUAGCACUGCAUUGCGUUUUAAGAGACGGUGUGGCGCUCCCUCACAUAAAGUUGAGGUCUAGGCGUAUUUAUGGCAUCCAGAACUAUAAAAACCUAACCAUUGUACUAACCAGUGAGUCAAAAUGAGGACAGAUUCAGGAACUGCAUAGCCAACACAUUUCAGUGAACCAUUUUUGUAAUAUAGGUUUCCAAAUGAAAACCCAGAGAAGAUAUCCCACGAGUUUUUGUGUGGUUGUCAGAGAGUGAAGUUAAUGUUGGUCAAACAUGCAAAGCUGGCAAGUUGCUUCAAAACAACACCCCUGUGGACACAUAGCAUUAAAACAGAAAUCUCCUGGUUCUUUGUGACAGCCGGCUUGUCACUCUGUCUUCCAGGGUCGACUUACAGAGCUGCUAUAUACUUGGAUUUCUGUCAAGGUUGAUCAUUGCAGCAUUAUGGAGUUUAUGAGCAUAAACCAACCCUUGAUUCUUCUAAACCUUCCAUAAAUAAUUUAAUUCCAAGGAUUGGCCAGAUGUUGCUGAACCUUUGUUUCAACAACAACAUCUGCUAGUCAGUGUAAUCACAGCAACCUGUCAAAACAAAGUCUUGGAGUUUUCAAGAGAGAAUAGGACUUGGCCCAGCUGCAAGUAUGUCAAAUCUCAAACAUGACUUAUUUCUUAUUCUUAUUUCUGGGUGGGUCUGAGUGGGCAAACUAGAGAACGUAACCUGAUUCUUAUGUUAACAGAGGUGAUUUACCAGAGGCUCUACCAAGUGGAUACUCUUGACAAGUGUUUGAUGAACUUGUUGAUCUCAUUGCGGAGGUUGGUGGGUAAAACACCAGAGACAGAAGUGACAGCAAGAAAAAACAAAAAACAAAAACAAAGUGUGCAUCAGUUGGGUGGUUAUGUUUUUAGGGAAAAACAGAUAAAAAUCUAUUUUUUUUUUAUUUUUUACUUUGUACAAGCACCAUGAUGUAAUUACCUCAAUCAAAACCUAUUUUACUGCCUAAAGUUCUAUCGUUGUAAAAUACAAUUAUUUUAUGUAGUGUAAAAUCUUACAGUUUUAUAAAAAGGAGAGUAAUGUUGGUUCAGAAAUUGUUGGUAUAAAUUGUGGAUUUCUGCUCCAUUGGUUAAAUUUGUGUUGUUUUAUUUUUGAGGGCAUUUUUGGGGGUUUGUAUGCGCUAACCCGGGACGAAAAAAGACAUAAGUCCUCUGGAUUCUGUUCACAUCUUCCUCUCAGUUCUCUGAUGGAUCUUUAGCUUUUCGAUGUUGGCUCUGUGGUGAUGAAUCUGAGAAUUACUCUGUCGAUGUUCAUUUCAGUUUGACUUUUUUCAUUUAUGUAGGGGGAUUUGUAGUUUGAGGGGUUUUGUGUCAUAUAGCCUGCUUUUUGAUAAAGACACAUAAAAUGUGUUUAAGGAUUUUUCUUUUUUUUUGGGCAUCAACAAGGGAAGGUGAAAACAGAAUACAUUUCAAAUAUAUUUCUUUUAAUCAUGUUAUAUCCUCUCCACAGUUUGUUGGAUGGCUCCUGUUAUGUAAAUAUUACUGAUUAAAUUAAUUUAAGGAUUUCUGACUGAC